AUGAAAAAGCUAGGUGUUAACACUAAAGCAGGAACCAAUCUAUCGAGGAUAAAAGAAAGCGAAAACCUUUUUAAGAAACCAAUAGAAUUUAACAAAAAUUUAAGAAGAUUGUCAUUUUUAAAUAAAAAAGGUAACGAUGAUAAUCAUAAGGAUAAUUUAGACAAAUGUGAAAAAACGAAAGUGAAAGAAAUAAAUGAUGUUUUUAAAAACUGUAUGGUAGCACUGUCUCAUAAUAAAAUAUGUACAAGAAACGCAUUCGACAUAAGAAUUAUUGAUCAUUUGGAAGAUUUAGUAAAUUUAAAUGACGAAGAAAUAAAUGAAGAAUUAAAUAAUGAAUUGUUGGAAAAUGGAGAUUUUAAUUUAUCUUUUACAAGAGCAUCUAAAGCUAUCGAAGGAGCAACAAAAGUGUAUGGAUACAGAGUAGAAGCAAUUUAUGAUCAGACAUACAGUUUUUUAAGCAAUGUGAAUAUAGCAAAACAAAGUGAUACAAAUGAAGAAUUGAUAGAUGAAAAAAAAAAUGUGAACGAAGUUUCAAAUAAAAAAAUAAAAAAAAGGAAAAUAGAAUUUCUACAAGAAUCAUCCACUUUGGCAAAAUCAUCGGACAUUACUGUGGAUUCUAUCUCUGUAUCAAAUAUAUCGGUUGACACUUUUUUUUUAAAAUUGAAUAGUGCUUAUGAUCAUUCCUCAGGAAAUAGCUACUUAUUACCGAACUUAAUUUUAAAUAAUGACUUGUCCAUACAGUUUGAUGGUGACAUUGAUGCGUGUGAAUAUAAGAAGAGGAAAAAAAUGGAAAAAGUUAAUGAGGAAGAUAUCAAAGAAGACAUGAAUGGUAAUAAUGCGAGUGACACUUAUUUUGCUAGUGCACAAAGUAACAGUGACUUAAUGAUGAAAUGUUACAAAAAAAAAUUAUUCCUUCAUUCUAACAUACUGAGGGAUAUAUUUUUCGGUAAUGAAAAUGAAGAUUUUAACAGCUUGAGCAUAUGCCCAGAAUUGGAUUACUUUAAGGAAGAAAUAAAUAAGCAUAAAUUAAAACGAACAAAUUCGAAAGAAUUAGGAGAUGGAAAUGAUGGCGACGAAGAUGGAGACGAAGAUGAUGACGACAAUGAUAAUAAUAGAUAUGAUUAUAAAACAAAUGAGGAAGAAAAUACCAACUUGGGUAAAAAUGACGAGUAUGGAGGAGACAAUCCAAGGAAUAAUUUAGGUUUAAGUCUAGAUGGAAAUAUGGCAAUAGAUAAUUUAUUAGAUGACAUCGAUUUUAAUAAUAGAAAUAUGGGGGAUAGCAAAAUGCUGAAUAGCAGUUUAAAUAAUAAUAAUAUGCAUUUCAAUGAUUACAGAAUAGACGAUUUAAACAUAGAAAAUGUAAUGCAAGAAUCGCUAGUUUUUGAUAACAUGAAUUUAAAUGAUUCUGCAGGUAAUAAUUUAAAUUUUUCUCAAAGCAUUUUAUCAUUUCAACAGGGAAAUAAUACAAUGGCCGGUUUACCGUUACCAGAACUUAUGAAAAGUGAAAAUAAAGACUUUAGUUUAAUGAACUCAUUAGGAGGUAAUUUUCCCAUGAAUACACAGAACACAUUAUUUUUUAAGAAUCAAAGUGGAACACCAACAAGGGCAGGUUUAAUAUCAACCAUUCCGGAUGAAGACACACUAUGGAAUCGUAACGUGAUGACAUUUGAAAACAGAUUAAAUGCAAUAGAUGUAAAUAAUAGAUUUAAUUACCAUUAUUAUGUUCCUAGCAAAUUAAUAGUUAAUGGAAAUUUCAGAAACCUAAUGGAUAUAGCAAAAUUUUCUCAUAAAAAUAAGCAAAUUGUACAUAACUCCUUGGCAAAUAAGAAAGCAAAAGCUUCUUUUGAUGUAUCAGUUAUUGAUUUUGAAAAUUUAUACAAAGAAAUAAAUGACGUAGAAUUAUCUAAAUAUGAUUUAUGGAAAAAAGAAAAAAAGAAAUAUGUAUCGAAUGCACUUUUCUCAAUUGAUCAAACAUCUUACAUAUUUGAAACGAAAGACAACUGCAUUAAUUGUGUCAACACAGUUACAGAUAGAAUAAUGAAAUUUUCAAAAGUGGCAAUGAUAACACCCGAUGACUAUAAUAGUGAUCUAAAAUUAAAUGUUGUACUAAACGAAGUUAACAAUGACUUUGUAACAAAUGAUUUAAAUCAAAUAAAUUUCGGGGAAUGUAAAAAUACGGAAAGUAUGUUUCUAGAAAAUAUGGAUGAUCAACAGGAUUGUCAUAUGCAGGAUGGAUUGAAUGAUGCCAUAGAUAAAUUUUAUAACAUGGAUUUUGAGGAUAUAUGGCAGAAUGAAACUGAAAAUAAUUUAUCAAAACAGGGAAGUAAGAAUGAGAAUGUGUCUAUUCUUCAGCUUCAUCAAAGUAUUUCCCGCGGAAAUACACGGGGAAAUCCGAACAUUGAAAAUGUUUCUAAAUUUGUUGAUGUUUCCAAAAUAAAAAAGAUUUUGUGCGAUAUUGUGAAGCCAGCCGGGAAUGAGGGUGUCGAUGAGGACGAACAUGGAGGUGACCAUAAGAUUGUUCCUUACGUUGAAGAAAAGACCACAACUUUUAAGGACAUUAUUAACGAGACAAAGUCAAAGAUGAACCCAGCAGAAGUGAACGGCACUUCAAUCCAUAUGCUCUUUGUGUGUCUACUGUACACAUGCAACGAUCAAGAAUUACUUCUGGAGAAGAUACCAAACGAGGACAAUUUUUACGUUCGCUACGGGUUGCCCGUGGAAUACCAUGUUAAGCCCGAUGACAUAUUCAUGCUUAAAAAUUAA